AUGAGGAAGUCCGGCUGGAUGAGGGAGAUACCGAAGGUGUCCAUGUCCUUGGGCCCCAUGGCGCAGGCGUCGAGCGCGACGUGCCAGCCGUUCUCCUGCGCCAGCCGCAUCCACUGGUAUGAGUAUCUCGCCCCGGAGAUCAUGGACUGGAGGGGGAAGAUCAUCAGCCCCCUGUUCUUCGCGUUCUUCCUCUUGCUGAUGAUCGUCUUGUUCAGGGAGGCGGAGCGGAUCCUCAGGCUCGGCCAGGAGAAAUCCGCCGCCGUGGCCUUGGCUCCCCGCCUCAGGGAGCUCUCCAACACCGCGGCGACCGCCUCGCUCUCGUGGUCGUAGACGGUGAGCAGCCGCCUGUUCGUCUGGAAGGGGUAGGUCUCCCCGAGGAGCUUGAAGGCGGAGGCCCUGCUCGCCGUGCAGACCAUGGAGUACUCCUCCUCGGAGAAGUUCAGGAAUCGCAUGAUCCUCUUCCUGAUCGCGGCUUCCAUGGCGGUGUCCACCCCGGGCGCCCUGUAG